UACACCGUACAUUAAGCAAAAUUGGUGUGUUUGAUCGUGGAGAGCAGAAGUCACCUCUAUUCCUGUGCAUUUAUGCCAAGACAGAGAGAGCAAAUUCACCUGAUCCAACAGGCAUAGAGGAAACUUGCUUCCUGAAGUGUGCUCAGCCUCUGCUAAAAAGCUUCAAACUUUCUCCAGACUUGCUGGGUGUGGUCUCAAGUAAGUGUUUAAGAAGCCAGCCACGAAAGCUCAGGAUUUGCUGUCAAGGUCAGCUGGUGAGUUUGAGUGCACAAGUUACAGAACACUGUAAGGAGAGAAUGGCCGAGGAUCCCAAGAUUGAGCUGUUCAUUAAGGCUAGUGACAAUGGUGAGAGCAUUGGGAACUGUCCGUUCUCCCAACGCUUGUUCAUGAUCCUGUGGUUAAAGAAAGUUGCUUUCACCAUUAACACAGUGGAUAUGAAGAGGAACCCACACAUGUUGAAAGAUAUUGCACCAGGCUGUCAGCCACCUUUACUCAUUUACAAUGGCGAGCUCAAGACAGAUAAUAACAAAAUUGAAGAGUUUCUGGAGGAGGUUCUCGCUCCUCCCAAGUACCCUAGACUGAGUGUCAGAUGCAAGGAAUCCAUGACUGCAGGUUAUAGCGUCUUCCAGAAAUUCUCAGCUUACAUUAAGAAUCCACUUCCUCAAAAGAAUGAGCCUUUGGAGACAUCAUUCCUGAAAGCACUAGUGGAGCUAGAACAAUAUCUGAACACGCCACUACCACACGAAGAUGGAACCUACCCAUCAAAAAGGUUAUUCCUGGAUGGGAAUGAGCUGACAUUGGCUGACUGCAACCUCCUACCCAAACUCCAUGUGGUUAAGGUUGUGUGCAAGCAUUAUCGGAACUUUACAAUCCCAAAGCAACUUACAGGCCUGUGUAGGUACCUAAACAAUGCCGAGAAACGCGAAGAGUUCAUGAAUUCCUGCCCCAACGAAGAGGAGAUCAAGCUGGCAUAUCGAAAUGUUGCCACGACAUUAAGAUAGAUUUGGAGCACCAGCACUGACUAGGAGAUUAUCUCCACUCAUGGGUCUGUUUAUGCUGGAGAUUAAACUAACAAGCUUUAACCCAAUGCAACAUUCUUGCAUAUAUCGCCACCAUCUCGUUCUGGAUAUUGUGUUCAUUUGAAGCUUCCAUUCUUAAAGGGGCACUAUGGUUCACUGAGAAACUGCAUAUGAGAAAUCUGCUACUGUGACUUAUUUCUUGUAGGUCUCUUGUAAUAUCAUCUCAUUGAAGAGGAGGAUUGGAGGACAGGGUCAACAUUUGUAUUCUGUGAUAUAAUUCCCUAAAAAUUUCAACUCCACCUAGUAAUGAUUUUACAGAAUUUAUAGUGAGUUGAUAUUUAGAUCCUUAGCGUACUUUUAAGAGGAAGAUUCAACUGAUCUGAAAUUUGCUCUGUAUAAAGACAUCCUCACAAGAUGUGACUGAACUCUCUUUUACUGAAUCCCUAACAUUGCACCUCCCAAAGAAGUAUAUGUUUAAUUUGAAGCCGCCAAAAACCACUUGGAGAGGCUUUUUACAAAUAAAUCUAUAUUUAAUGUGAAAAUUAGAGGUGACAUGGAUGGGAAAGUUGUUUUUUAUACAGGUGUGGCCUCCAGCAGAGAUGCCUCAUAAGAUGGUCGCUAAGGUUUGGUGGAAAUACCAAUGUACAUUUUCUCAUACAGCAACAUCACUUUUGCUUUGGAAGUCCAAAUACAGAGUUGGUCGUUUGGUGGGAGUCAGAGAAAAUCAAAGCAAAUUGAACAGAUUAAGAUGCGAGAGAAAGCAAAAUUAUGAAAGAUGUGUGCCGUAACCCAAGUUAAGGCAAACUUUUCCUCUGCUUGAUGGAUUCCCUGUUGAAUUUGUUGGACAGAAAAAGUGGUCAAAAUCAAUUGAUCACACUAAUAAAGGUCAAGUUUCCUUUAUCCGAAAGCCUUGGGGCUGAUUGUGUUUCAGAUUUCAGAAAAGUUUGGUUUUCAGAUGCUAAGUAAAGGCCUAAGCCUACUUACAUUACAAUGGCUGAAAUCUAAGCUAGCUAAAGUCUAAAGUAAAUAAAGUGACUAGAAAAGUAAGUUGUGCCACUGAAUAAUAAGUACAGGGUACCUGUAAUAAAUUCCCACCUGUGGUGCCAUUCUGCUUGAAGGAGAGGAUUUGCAAGGUAAACAGUGCAGGCAAACAACUAGACUUCCUGCGCUAAAGGUCGGGUGCACUCAGCGAGGUUCGUGUUGGCUCAGGUUGUGUUAGCUUGAGUCACAGACUUCCCACACUAAAGGUCGUUGAAGUUCAAAAAAAAUGCAGGUUUUGGAUGCAUUCAGCUUUUGGAUUUACGGAAAAAAGAUACUCAACCUGCAUAGCUAUACCAAAGUAAACCAAGUCCUACAUUGGCCCUAUGGAUAAGAGUCCUAAUCAAGGAGACAGAGUGUGAUUUGCUUAAGAGGGGAUAUAUAAUUACCCAUCAGAUUUCAGCCAUUUUGUGAGUCUGUCUAUUAAACACAUUAAGGUACAAUAUAAAUUAUCAGUCAGAAUGUUCCAGAAUGUCACAGUUACAAUUAAUUGCUUGUGUAGUUACAUUAACUUCCUGAUAAGCUGUUUUAUUACAGAUUAUGAUUUGGAUGCUGUUUACUUCUCUUUCCUGUAGAGUUUUAUUAAUUCUGGGAGAGCUGUAUUAAUUCUCAAUGGUUAACUCCAAUGAAGGAUGCCAAAAUACUACAGUCCAUGUUCUGUUGACAAGCAUAACCACCUCAAACCAGGAGAAUUCCCUUUACAGCCAAAUGUCAAUCUUGAUGAUUUAAGACCCUAAUCAGAAUUAUUUCUGUUGAUGCCAAGCUUGCAGUAAGGAGGAUGUCAGAGAUAAUUGAAAGAUUUGCAUUUAAAUAGCACCUUUCAUGACCCCAGGGCAUCUUAAAACACUUCACGGUUUUCCUGUGUCUCUGAUAAUCAGAUAGUUUAGAUUUUAUGGGCAUGGCUAUUGAAUUCUUGAAGUUCAGUUCAGUUGGUGGUUGCCACCACCUGGUAUUUCUGGAGGAAUGAACUCUGGCCUCUUACAACCCUGAAUGGUCAAAAGUCAUCUUGUCUCAUUCCCAAUAUUCCUAUGAAUGAUAAACAGAAGUGUUAAAAAAUGUGAAAGAUGCACAUUUUGUUAAUGCUCCAAUGAUUUUCCUCAUGGAUUUGUCCAAAUUCUGUGUGUAGGAGAUUAAUGUUCAAAUCCUGAAGGAUUGGCAAUGCCAGUCCACUUGUGAUCUGUGUGAAAGACCCAUUGUAUGAAAUAUUUCUGUAUCUAGAUACUGAGGCUUACUCCCUGGUCUUGCUGUUGUACCUUUAUAUCGCACUGAAUAUUAAUAUAAACAGUGUAGAUUAAUAGACUGUAGCAUUGAUCUGAGUUUGCAACACACAUUUGCAGAAGAUUGACUGCUUAUAGAAGUCUGAUUGCCCAUGUGGUGUUUGGGAUUUACUUUCUAAGGAGAUUAAAUUUCUAAGUGUAUAUAGUGUUUCAUAUCCCUGCUCUCUGAACUUUAUAUGUGGUUAGUGCAUUUACCAAGAAUAAGCUAUCUUCAUUGUUGCCUUGAAUUUCAUUGCCCAAUGCAAAAUGCUACCUUCUAGCUACUAUUUAUAAAGUGCUUUUCACCACAAUCUCUAGUGCAUGAAGAAUUUCCUUCCAUAUUUAUUGAGAAUUGCUGUGGUUCCCUGUGUCUCAGUUGUAAGUGCAUGUCCCACUCUAGUAUAGAACUUAGCCUCUAAAGACCACUGUACCAGGUACAAUCAUUGAUUUGUCUCAUAUUAACUAAUCUCAGCCCUGGAAGUGUUAGGAAUGCUGCAGUUAGUCUCAAUGUUCCAGGGCUGGAGAGGAGUGAAUAAAAAAAACACUGGGGUAAUAUACUAUUUACUCCUGCUCCAAAGUGCCUGUGAGUGGAUGUCGGAUCAGGUGGCCCACCAUGAUCAGAUUUCCUAGGUUCUUCAACAGCACCUCACAAACCCGCGAGCUCCACCACCUAAACGGACAAAGGCAGCAGACGCAUACGAAAACCAUCACUUCCAAGUUCCCUCCCAAUCAUGCACCAUCCUGAUUUGAACAUCCAUUACUCUUCCUUUAUUAUUGAUAAGUCCAAAUCCUCAAACUCCCCACCCUACAGCACCGUGGCACAACGUUCCCUCUAAUCUUGUUUGGAAUGCACGACCCCUUUAACUUCUUUGGUGCAGCUGCGCAUGAGCAGUAACUUUAUGGAAUCGACUUGUACACGGCCUGAGUGGGGGACAUCCGGGAUGCAGCUAACAGGGAACAUUGUUGUGGGAGCAUCUUCACCACCUGCUUUCUUAAGGGCAGUUAGGGAUAGGCAACAAAUGCCAGCCUUGCCAGAGAUGCUCACGUCACAAGGGUAGAUAAAGAGAAGUCAUUUAGGAGGGUGGUUGGUGCCAGUUUGAGACAAGGCCCUCAGUAGAAAGGGGAAGAAUUUUGGAGGGGGGGAGGGAUGCAAAUGGUUUACAAACUAAAUAAUGUCACAAGUGCACUAAAAAAAACCCCUCCUUUUGAAUCUUAGAUUAUACUCAUAAUACUUUGUAUGAUGGAUAUUUGUGUCACAAUCUGAUCUUCAGUAUAUAUUUAAGAUGCUUUGUACCAUGUUUAAUGGAUUAACUGUUUAUGAAAUGAUUAGUAGUGCAGUUGAAUUGUUUACCUGUGAAUGAUUUGAAUAAAACCCUGAAUGAAUUCCA